CCUCGCCCUACUAACAAUAUAAAACCUCCCACUAUCGCUCGCUCUUGAAAUUCAUCAUGGGUGUGUUUCGCAAUCUUCUUCUCUCCACAUCUGCUGCAGGCUUUGCAAUAGCCAGCGCGUCAUGUCAGCCGUCAGAUCCCUCCCAAGCAUGCUCUCUUCUUAAACAAACCUUCCCCAACGCCACGCUACUUCCUGAAGAUGAAGGUUACAAAGCUGAGAAUGAGGCUUCAUGGUCGUCCGGCGCCUGGCUCAGCCCUGCCUGUGUCGUGAUGCCGAAGGGCGCAAAUGAGCUCUCCUCGAUCAUCAAGACUCUUUCCCAGACAUCCACGCGCUUCUCCAUGCGUGGAGGUGGCCACAUGCCGAUAGCGGACGCUGCAAAUAUCAAUUCGACUGGUGUUCUCAUUUCUAGUACCAACCUGAACACGCUUCAGCUAUCUGAAGACAAGGAGACCAUGUCCGUUGGACCUGGCCCUCGCUGGGGCGAUGUCUUUGAGUAUAUGGACGGUUCUAACAUGACCGUUGUGGGAGGACGUCUAGCGCCUGUUGGUGUCCCGGGUCUACUCCUUGGGGGAGGUAUUAGCUAUUACAGCUACAAGUUGGGUCUCGGAGCGUCCAAGGGGAAAAUCAAGGCAUAUGAGGCAGUCCUAGCCGACGGCACCAUCGCCACCGUCACUGCCGACAACGAAUACGCCGAUCUCCACUGGGCCCUGGGCGGCGGAGGAAACUCCUUCGCCUUGAUCACACGCUUCGACCUCCAAACAUUCUACGCCCCAACGCCCCUCGUAGCAAAUGCCGUUUACGAGGGCGACCCCAACGCGACCCGAGAUGCUUACAUCGACACUCUUGUCAACUUUGCCAACAACGGUGAUCAAGACACCGGGGCUGCGAUCAUACCGGUCAUCCGCUGGGGUCCGAACUACACGAGUCCCUCGUACGAAGCAACCUUAUUCUAUAAUGGUACCACGGCGCCAACCUCCGGGCCGUUCGCCGAUUUCUACUCGGGAGCCACCCUGAAAGCGGUCAACGAGUCCUCGACCCUCCAGCCCCAGACACUCGCCGACAACGCCAGGCUCCUGCGCCCGGCCUUCCAAGCCGGCGGCCCGGGCCACGGGUUCAGACAGAAGUUCCGCGUGGUGCCGUGCAAGGCGACCAAGGAGGCCGCACGGAUCGUGCACGACAACUUCUUCGACACGCUCGCGGCCAACGGGCUCGCCGACCGCGCGCCGGGCUUCUUUGCCGGCCUGGCCUUCAACGCCGUCACGCCGACGAUGGCGCGCGAGUCCGCAGGCCUGCCGCAGAACAUCCCGCAGGAGGCGGCCUUCUGGGUCGAGCAGUCCAUCUCCUGGUCCGACGCCACCGACGACGCCGAGAUCGAGGAGUGGCUUGUCACGGCGGACGCAGCGAUGGAGGAGCAGCUGAAGGCGAUCAAUGGCACUAACCGGUAUUUGUACCUCAACGAUGCGGAUGUCGGGCAGGAUGUGUUUGAGAGGUAUGGAAAGGAGAGUGUGAACAGGCUGAAGGCGAUCAGGGACAAGUAUGACCCUGGCAGGGUUUAUACUGACUUGAUGCCCGGUGGAUUCAAGAUAGAUGCUGCUAGGGACGUCGAGUGAUCUUGUUAUUCCUAGUAGGCUGCUAUAUAUUUGAUUCUUCCAUGCAUAAAGCUUCUCUUCUAUCAGGGGGGAGCCAAGGUCCCCUGCUUGCUCCAUAUUUUCUCUCCAGGGAAGCCGGGGAUUUUGUUCUAGACUUUUCUUCAAAUGAAGCCUCAAAUUAAGAAAAAA